AUAAGCUCCGUGUUCUUCCGAGCACCAAAUCAAAAUCCUAACACUAGCUCUCCAACUGUAUCCGAUCAUGGCCACCGACUACGGCCAUGAUUCCCGUUGCAAGCACCGUCGGUCUUCCUCUCCGGAGGACGCCGACAGAUCCUCGAAGCGCCACCGCCACCACCACGGUCAUGGAAGCAGAAGACGCGACGAAGACAGCGAAUGCGAUGGCGAAACCGUUCCGGUGGUUCCUUCUGCGACUCCCGCCUCGAAUUCUUUCCCGAAUCGUCACGUGCCCGUUGACGAUGAUAUCGAGGAGGGGGAGAUUAUCGAAGAAGAUGAUUGUGAUGUUUGGAAACAGCGGAAGGAAUCUGAUGCUGAGCCUGGUGAUGUUGAGGUGAUCGGAGAUCGAGAUGUUGGAUCUGAUACCGCAAUUCUGAGAUUUUUCACCAGAGAGACUGUGUUGCAUGCUAAAAAUUCAAAAACUAGUCCAGCAUUUGAUGGAACAGAUGGGACAUGCCUUCAAAGUCACGUUGACGAAGGAAUAGAUGAAGAUGAUGGUUCUCCUAAUUAUUCAAGUGCUGACUCUCAAGAUGGAAAGUAUGCUAGAGCUAGAAUAGAUGGUAUGAGCAAUGGGCAUUUGGAUUCUAAAUCUCCUAAAGGGGAUAAGAGGCAUCGUGGAGAACUUGGAUGUUUUAAAGGAUAUGAGAAACUAAAAGGUGAUUAUGAUGGCAAAGAUGUAGAAGUUAAUAGAGGGAAAGUAGAUUAUCAUAGAAAUUCUUCCUCAGAAAGUGGGGAGGAGAAAUAUAGAAUGUCGGGACGUUCACCUUCUCAUGUUAGAUAUAGAAGUCAAUCAAGAUCAAAUGGUUAUAUCAGGGACAGAUCUCGUUCUCGUAGUAUAGUAGAAGAAUAUGCCUGUUCCCAGAGAAGGCUCUCUGAUGAACUAGGUGGCCUUUCAUUUGCUGGCAGACCAAAGAGUGACUAUGAUGUUGAUGAUGAAAGAAUGGUGGCAAGAAGAUGGGAGCAUAGUCAUGGCAGUAGGGAUUUGGUCAUGGACGAGAGAAUGGAACACAGAGCAAGUCGUCACAUUCGGGAGCCCUGGGAUAGGGAUAGGAGUAAGGAAAGACAUGCUGAUAGGGCCUUACCUAGGGAAAAGGAACGAGAGAGGGGCAAAAAUAGGGAGGUUGACUGGGUGUGUACAAGGGAAAAAGAUUGUGAAAGGAGCCAUGAGAGGCAUGGAAGGGAUAUAGAGUAUGAUAAGAGUGGGGAAAAGGAGGAUAAUAGGGAUAGGAGAAGAGAAAAGGAAAGAGAUAGGAGCUGGGAAACAGUGUUGGAGAGGGAUAGGAGAAGGGAGAUGGAAAGAGAUAAAAGUAGGGACAGAAAAAGGGGUUCUGAGAGAGAUAGAGACUGGGAGAGUGAGCGUGAUGAUAAGACUUGGUUGAGGGCUAAAAUUAAGCGGAGGGGGAGGGUGGGGGAGAGGGAGAGGCGAGAUGAUAGAAAUAGGCACAAGCAUAGAGACACUGUGAAUGGUAAGGAUAAGUAUCUGCAUCAUGAGGAUGGUUAUGACAGUUGUGAUAAAUAUAAAAUGCAUUCAAGACAUGAAGAUAUAGAAUACCACCGGGAAAGAAAAAGAAAUUCUGAUGCUGUAAAGGCUUACAGCACUAUUGGCAGUACCUUGGUAGAUGAUAAAAACAAACUAGGGAGAGGCGAGGAUGAACAAGAUUACUUAAAUGAGAAGUUUGCAUUGCAAUUACCUGAUCAAGAAGAGGAAGAUCUCAAUAGGGUCAAAGAGGAGAGUAGAAGGAGAAGGGAAUCAAUCUUAGAGAAAUACAAGAAGCAGCAGCAGCAAGAAGUAAAACAAACUGCAGAAAAUGAAGAAAAAGACAAGCAAGUUGUGGAUAUUCCUCAUGUCAUUCAUGAAGCUUUUGAUGGUAAGAGCAAUGGUGUUGAUGAUGGGGAAACGUCAUUUUCUGUUGGGAAGUCUCCUCCAGAAAAUGGGAAUGUUGCUUCCGAUAAGAUCUCUGUUUCUAGGGGCCUGGGAGAGGGUACGCCUAAGAGUGAGAGAUCAGAUGACAAGUUUUGUGAUGAUAUAUUUGGUGAGACACCAACUGGAGUUCGGAACAUGGGAAAAGGAGAUGGUAUACAGAUUGAGAGGGGUGGUCUACAUGACAAUUGGGAUGAUGCAGAGGGUUAUUAUAGCUAUCGUUUUGGUGAAAUACUUGAUGGCCGAUAUGAAGUCACCGCUGCUCAUGGGAGGGGUGUCUUUUCAACAGUAGUCCGGGCAAAGAAUCUUAAAGCUGGUAACGGAGAGCCCGAGGAUGUAGCUAUAAAAAUUAUUCGUAAUAAUGACACUAUGUACAAGGCUGGUAUGAAUGAGUUAGUCAUAUUAAAGAAAUUAGUAGGUGCUGAUCCAGAUGAUAAGCACCAUUGUGUUCGUUUCCUUUCAAGUUUUAAGUACAGGAAUCACCUUUGUUUAGUUUUUGAAUCUCUCCAUAUGAAUUUGCGUGAGGUUCUAAAGAAGUUUGGUCGCAAUAUUGGCCUUAGGCUAACUGCUGUGAGAGCAUAUGCAAAACAACAACUUAUUGCACUGAAGCAUCUCCGGAACUGUGGUGUUCUCCAUUGUGAUAUAAAACCAGAUAAUAUGUUGGUGAAUGAGGCUAAAAAUGUGUUGAAGCUUUGUGACUUUGGUAAUGCUAUGUUUGCUGGUAAAAAUGAAGUUACACCAUAUCUUGUGAGUCGCUUUUAUCGUGCCCCUGAAAUAAUACUUGGCUUGCCCUACGAUCAUCCAUUGGAUAUGUGGUCUGUAGGUUGUUGUUUGUUUGAACUCUAUACAGGGAAAGUUCUUUUUCCAGGUUCUACAAAUAAUAACAUGCUACGGCUUCACAUGGAAUUGAAGGGUCCUUUUCCGAAGAAGAUGCUACGUAAGGGAGCAUUCAUUGAACAGCAUUUUGAUCAGGACCUGAAUUUUCUUGCUACAGAGGAGGACCCUGUAACGAGAAAGACCAUAAAGCGGAUGAUUGUCAACUUAAAGCCAAAAGAUUUUGGUACAAUCAUUACUGGCUCCCCAGGGGAGGAUCCAAAGAUUUUAGCCAACUUUAAGGAUCUUCUCGAAAAAGUUUUUGUGUUGGAUCCAGACAAGAGGUUGACGGUCUCACAAGCAUUGAAUCACCCAUUCAUCACUGGCAAGUGAACAAUGUUGCUGAUUUUGACUCAGAAUGUUUUUCACUACUAUUUGUAAAUAAUGUUCCAAUUCAUAUUGAGAUUCUAAUCAUUUGGCAUUAUUUAUCUUCUCUGUAUGGCCCAAGCGAUAUCAGCGUUGUUGACCUGUUGAAGGGAAAAAGGGUGAUGUCUGGUCAGAGUAACACUUUAUUGGCGGUUCUUUCAGUGGAAUGUACUGUUUCUAUUGAGACUGCCACUGGUUUGAAGCAUCCCUCCCGUGAUUAGAUGCUUAAAAGGCACCCAGGAGAAGGAAAUUUAUCAAGAUAAGUUUGGAUGGUCUUUUUUGAGUCCUGAGGAAAUUCGAUGGUUGGUGUUGCUCUCCAAGUACAUGAAUUUGAAUUGGAGGUGUUUGGCUGUAUUCUUGAAGCAAAUUCUAAUAUCAGUAUCAGUACCAUCCUUUGGUCCUGCAAUUUUCUGUUUGUAGGCAAGAAAUGCUGCAAGACGGAUAGUUUUGGGUGAGUAUUUAUUUAGACAUUUAAUAGAAGAGAACAUAGAGAAUAAUGAAAUAAAUUUAUUUUAGUGGCGGUUACUUAAAUAUGAAUGGGGGAAAGGGCCUUAAUUGAAUUUCCUUUCAGGAAAUGCUGCCUCUUUUCCCGACCUUUUCCUCCUCUCUUUUCAGAUUUUGACUGACCUCCCUACAGAUCUUGGUGUUUCUAAUUUAAAUUUUGUGCUUUUAACCUCAAUGAACUAGAUUCUUUUCUCCCAUAUUUGUCCUUGUAUCUGUUUCUUUUCAUUUCUGCAAAAAAUUAUGAUAAGAAUAUUUGGCAGUGAUCUCACUUCAAUAAAUAGUUUUCCUGUACAUGGAUCUGAUUCUAGUUUCAUAUGUUAGUUGUGAUAGUUUCUUUGGCUGAUUUGUGGAGUGUUUAGGCUAAUUGAUCCACUGCAUGUGGUAUUUAAAGUGUUUUAACUCAGGAUCCGACUAUCGAUUGUUGAGUGGUUUGUAGGUUGGACCAUGGGAUCAGAUUGAGGUUCGUAAGGUCAUAUAAAUAAUAUGGAAGAGUUAAAAAACAUAUAGCAAAUUAAGUACAAUCCUGAAGACAUAAUCUUACAAUGCAUCAUGAACUUGAGAUGACAUGCCUAAUAAAUAAUCUUUUAUGAGAUUUUUAAAUGAGCAAAUUUUAUGCAUAAAUAAACUCCAGCUUCGAUAAGAUUUAGUCAUGGCUAUGACAAAGGUUUUAAACAUGCAAAUAGAAAUUAAAUAAAAAACUGUAAUCUCAAAUCUAUAUGAAGAGUAUGGAAAAUAAAAAAGGGGAUAAAACAAGUCAAUUGUUCCAGUUCAAAUUGUCCAAAUGUCGCCAUCUGAAUAAGGGAAUGUGAUAAGACCCCUCUGAAGAGGUAAUAUAUAAAGCGCCAUAGAAGAUUAGCUCCUGUGGAUGACGCAGCAUGUGGAUAGAAUAUUCUAGAAUACUCUCUGUCGAGUUGGCUGAGUUGGUUAGAAGAAUUGGUUAAAUAGUUGAAAUGGCAUGUGAGAGGUUAGAUUGGAAAUUGGGACUAUCUUGGGUCUGGAAACCAGAGUGGGAGAGAUCUCUGGAGUCUCUCCAACUGCUCUAGAAAUAUUUUACCUUUCAGAUUAUUUCUUGUAUUUUUCUGUAAAUUUUGUCACUGUUACUGUUACCAAAUACUAUUUUGUACUGUUUACACAUUUCUAUAUCAAGAUCAAACUUCCUUUAGUUCUGUUCAAUCUCUACCUGUGUUGGUUGAUACCUAUCAGAAUGAAACAACAAAAAGGAGGAAGACUCA